AUGUUCACUCUCCUCUACAAGUUAAUUCUCGUUUCAGUCGUUUCUUCAAAAUAUCAGCCAACAUGGCCAUCUCUUGACGCUCGACCGCUGCCACAAUGGUAUGACGACGCAAAAUUUGGAAUUUUUUGUCAUUGGGGACUUUAUUCUGUACCUGCUUAUAGGUCAGAAUGGAUGUGGUGGUAUUGGAAAGGUGACAAUCCGGACAAGGAUGUUGUAAAUUACAUUAAUCGUAAUUAUAAACCUGGAACAACUUACGCAGAUUUUGCAAAAGAUUUUACUGCCGAAUUAUUUAACGCCAAGGAGUUUGCUGACAUCGUCAGUUCAUCAGGAGCAAAAUACUUUGUGUUUACUAGUAAACAUCAUGAAGGUUUCACUAUGUGGCCAACUAGAACCAGUUGGAACUGGAAUUCAGUGGAUAUCGGACCGAAACGUGAUAUUGUUGGAGAGCUCAAAGAAUCAUUCAAAGGGACCGAUGUUCAUUUUGGACUUUAUUUUUCUCUAUUUGAAUGGUUUCAUCCAAUGUUCCUGGAUGACGGAAAAUAUAACACAACACUUUAUGUUGACCAAGUUUCUUUUCCACAAUUAUUGGAAAUUGUGAAUCGAUAUAAGCCUGAAAUUGUGUGGAGUGAUGGCGAUUGGGGUAGGACUGAUGAAUACUGGAAGAGCAAGGAAUUUCUUGCUUGGUUAUACAAUACGAGCCCUAUUAAGGACUACGUGGUUGUGAACGAUCGUUGGGGUGCUGAUUCUAUCGGGAAACACGGUGGAUUCCUUACCUAUGCCGAUCAUUAUGAUCCUGGAAAGCUAUUAAAACGUAAAUGGGAGAACUGCAUGACACUUGACAAGUCUUCCUGGGGCAACAGGAGAACUAUGAAGAGUACAGAUGUGUGGUCUGUUCAUGAGCUGAUUGAACAGUUAGCGAGAACAAUUUCUUGUGGUGGAAAUUUAUUGCUCAAUGUUGGACCGGAUAAACAUGGUAAAAUACCACCAAUUUUCGAGGAUCGUCUACGUGAGCUGGGCAGGUUCAUUAACGCACAUUCGGAAGCUGUCUAUAGCACAAAACCGUGGAUUCACCAGAAUGACACCGGGAAUAUUUGGUACACGUCGCAGCUCCAUUCAAAUGAUAAUUCUCCUCGCAACAGACUAUUCAAUCCACAAAUUGAAGGAGAAACUGUCGUUUAUGCAUGGAUUUUAGAUAUGCCUACAGGGAAUUUUGAUUUGGAACAUGUGAAAACAACUGAAAAUACAAAAGUUACCUUUCUUGGUACAGAUAUUUCAUUUAAACCUGGUGCGAAAUCUUCCCUUGUUAUCGAAUUCGAUCGUAUUCCAUGGCGGCACUUACUCCGAACCGACGUUAUGGUCUUGAAAAUUGAGAACGCGGCAUCGCAAACGCGUGUUCCACCACAUCGAACCGAUCAUCACGUUGAAUCAAGGACAAAUUCGAUGAACUUCGCUGAUUUUCAAUGGGCGUAUAAUGCAUUCUAA